AUGUCUAUCGUUUCUCGCAAUGUCAGAGGAAUUAGAGCCUUACAUACAUCUGGUAUCCAGAGAAACAUGUUGUCCUGGUGGAAAAGUAGGAAAAAUGAGAAACCAGAGGAAAAACCUAGAGAAACCAGUGAAAUUAUGAAAGAGAUUGAAGAAAAUGGUGAUAUCUCUAAUGAAAACAAUGGUGGUAAUGGAAAUACUGUGAAUCAGCUUAAAUUAAAGUUGGUUCCUGAGAAUUUCAUCGGUGAAGAACUAAAAGGUAAGAAAAAAAUUGAUUCCGCAAUUCUAAACUCUAUUCCAUUCAACAGAUGGAUGUCAAAAUCAAAAGUUUCCUCGGAGACAGAACUGGAUAAUAUUAUAUCAGAAUCUAUAGCAAAUACUAAUAAAGAUCAAACAUUAGACCAAUCUUUUUCCUCGAUAGAGGAUAAGUUUAAUUUUACAAAGUUGUUGCAGUCCAAAACAGGUUACAUGAUUCCAGAUCUUGAAAUCACCUUAUUUCAAACACCUUUGGAGUUCAAGCAGUACUACGUUAAAGAAAUCCUGUCGGGGAAGUUUGGUAGAUACAAGGAUUCUGAACCUAAUGCUAUUCAUUUGACUACAGAAUCUUACCAUUCCCCUAACAUUAACGUCAUCCCAGAUGUUCCUGGCAGUGUGCAAAAGAAACAAACCAAUAAGAUCAUUCAUGAAGUACACAUGUUAGAUGCUGAGCAGAACAAACAGUCACUGAAACAGCUCGAAUCCAGCGACGUUAGAUAG